AUAACAGCAACACUUAUUUGUUGGUUCCAAAUGUCAAUAUGUAGGCUACGCGAACCCCACGAUAGACGCUUGUGAAUGAUUGGUUUGUUCCACCGCUGUUGUGUUCCUUCCUGGUUAGACGGGCACUACUUGCGUCGGGGAUGUAGCCAGCUUCAAGCUUGGAACUGUUGGUCCUGAGAGGAGGAGGCAGCACCGGAGUUGACUGCAACGAAUUGUCGGACGAGAUGUGGGCUAGUCUACUCCUCUCAGGAAACCGGUGUCGAUAAGAAAACCAAACAGAACUGCUGCAAACAGCCGGAAAAAAGGGAGAUUCGAGGGAGCGAACAGGACAAAAGUGAAACCCUAUAGUUACAUUGCAAGAAAGGCAAAUAAGUAAUCAACAGAGGACCAAUGAAGAUUGUGGAUUUUAAAUAUAAAAAUUGAAAGAAUUGCUUGGAAAGUCCUUUAAAGCUUUUACAUUUUCAAGAAAACCAAAAGGUCAAUUUAUUUGGCUUUUCAUAUACGGCUAUUAAAUAGGCUAGCCCAUCCUGUUUUCCACUUAUUAUAUAUUAUUGUAUAUUCAAUUGCAUUAGCCUACACGUGAGUAGCUAUUUUACUUAUGAAAUGGCUUGUAGUCUGAAAGACGAACUGCUGUGUUCCAUUUGCCUGAGUAUUUAUCAAGAUCCGGUUAGUUUCGGCUGCGAACAUUAUUUUUGCCGAAAGUGCAUUACGGAACACUGGAGCCGACAAGAGCACCAUGGGGCUCGGGACUGUCCGGAAUGCCGAAGAACAUUCGCCGACCCGCUGCUGUCUCCGAGCCUCAAGCUGUCCAACAUCGUGGAGAGGUAUUCCGCCUUCCCCCUGGACGCCAUUCUCAACGCCCAGCGGAACUCUUAUCCGUGUAAGGACCACGAAAAAGUCAAGCUUUUCUGCCUCAGCGACAAGAGCCUGGUCUGCUUCUUCUGCGACGAACCGGCGCUGCACGAGCAACAUCAAGUGACCACCAUCGAUGAAGCGUUCGAAGAAAUCCAGAGGGAGAUGAGGGAGCAGCUGGCCACCCUGCAGGACAGUGAAGUCGGGCACACUGAGGCCCUGAAGCUGCUCCAGAGGCAGCUCACCGAAACCAAGUCGUCGGCGAAGAGCCUGCGGGCGACGAUCGGCGAGGCGUUCGAGCGGCUGCACCGCUUCCUGCGGGAGCGGCAGAAGAGCAUGCUGGAGGAGCUGGAGGCCGACACGGCGCGCACGCUCUCCGACAUCGAGCACAAGAUCCAGCGCUACAGCCAGCAGCUGCGCGACGUCACCGAGGGCAUCCACAUCCUGCAGGAGCGCCUCGGAGAGACCCACCGACACGGCUUCCUGGAGGGGGUCGCCCUCACCUCCGAGAGAAUUAAAGGGAAGAUCCACGAAACCAACCUCACAUACGAAGAUUUCCCAACAUCCAAGUACAUGGGCCCCCUUCAGUACUCCAUAUGGAAGUCUCUCUUCCAGGAUAUCUCACCAGUGCCGGCCGCCCUCACGCUGGACCCCAUCACGGCCCACCAGCGCCUCAUCCUGUCAGACGACUGCACCAUCGUGGCGUACGGCAACCUGCACCCGCAGCCCCUGCAGGACUCUCCGCGGCGCUUCGACGUGGAGGUGUCGGUGCUGGGGGCGGAGGGCUUCGCCGCGGGCACGCACUACUGGGAGGUGAUGGUGUCGGAGAAGACCCAGUGGAUGAUCGGCGUGGCCGGGGAGACGGUGGCCCGCAAGGGCAGCAUCCAGAUCCAGCCCGGCCGCGGCUUCUACUGCAUUGUCAUGCACGACGGCAACCAGUACAGCGCCUGCACCGAGCCCUGGACCCGGCUCAACGUCCGCAGCAAGCUGGAGAAGGUGGGCGUGUACCUGGACUGCCCCAAGGGCCUGCUGGUCUUCUACAACGCCGACGACAUGUCCUGGCUCUACACGUACCGCGAGAAGUUCCCCGCCAAGCUCUACCCCUACUUCAGCCCCGGCCAGAGCCACGCCAACGGCAAGAACGUGCAGCCCCUGAGGAUCAACACCGUCCGGCUGUGAGCGCGGCCUGGGGGGCGGUCACGUGACCCGC